AUAAAUAAUCUGCCUGUGCUCCAAGCCAGCCCCUGGAAACUCUGAGAGCCAUUCCUUUCCACCCCUGAAGCCUCACAACUCCAGAUCUCCCACCAUGUCUUUCAUCACAGAGUUCAUGAAGCAGACGGUCUAUCUGGGCAUGCCUGAUGACUCAGUCCUGAAGAACGACGGAACAGUGAAGGCAGUUGCUAACUUCAACGCCAGUGCUGAUGUUGCUGCUCUUGAAAAGGCCAUCAAGGCAAAAGGCGUGGAUGAGAACACCAUCAUUGAAGUUCUGGUGAAGAGAAGCAACGAGCAAAGGCAGCAGAUCAAGCGGGCCUACGAGCAGGCGGAGGGCAAGCCUUUGGAUGCAGCCCUGAAAAAAGCUCUGAAGGGAGAUCUGGAAGAUGUUGUAAUGGCCCUGCUGAAGACGCCCGCCCAGUACGACGCCGAGCUGCUCAAAAUGGCCAUGAAGGGCUUAGGCACGGACGAGGACACCUUAAUAGAGGUGAUGGCCUCUCGUACAAACAGGGAGAUUUUGGAUAUAAAGAAGGCCUACAAGGAAGAGUACAAGAAAGAUCUGGAGGAGGACAUCAGGUCUGACACCAGUGGAGAGUUCAGGACAGCCCUGCUGGAGCUCUGCAAGGCUGGCAGGACUGAGGGAGUGUGUGAUCAGCUGGUGGACAGCGAUGCCAGAACUUUGUAUGAGGCAGGAGAAGGAAGGAAGGGCAAAGACUGCUCCGCUUUCAUUGAGAUCCUCACCAGCAGGAGUGCUCCUCACCUGCGUCAAGUGUUCGACCGCUACACAAAGUACAGCAAAGUGGAUGUAGCCAAGGCCAUUGACCUGGAGAUGAAGGGGGAUAUUGAAAAGUGUCUCACAGCAGUGGUGAAGUGUGCUGGGAGCAGACCCGGCUACUUCGCUGAGAGGCUCAACCUGGCCAUGAAGGGCUCUGGAACCCGCAAACACAUCUUAAGCCGCAUCAUGGUGAGCCGCUCUGAAAUUGACCUCAGAAAAAUCAAGGAGGAGUACAAGAAGAAGUUUGGUAAAACACUUUAUCAGGACAUUCUGGAUGACACUAAAGGAGACUACGAGAAGAUUCUCCUCGCUCUCUGUGGGUCAGAGAACUAAUCCGAAUGACCCCUCGCAAUCGUUGAUGCCAUGCAGCUGAAAAAUAAAAUAGAAUCUCUUGA